AUGGCUCCUCGCAGAGGGCGUAGUCGCGCUCAGAAACGUGGCGAUCAUCCCGAACCUUCAGCUGUCGUGGAGAAUGAAGCUCCUGGGCCAACAGAGACUCUUGCUGUGCACCCAGGGGGGGCAUUGAAUGCGCGAUUUCGCAUUCAGGGCCUUGGACAUAACAUCAUCUCUCAGCCAAGUCCCUUACCACAGCAUGGACAACCACCUCCCCCACCCUCUCUGCACGUACGAACUACCGUUACUACCCCACCAUCAACACGUUCACGUAGGCAUCAAGCUGACCCUGCCAAUCUCGAUGACGAUAAUCCAUUUGCUUCUACCCUAGAAUAUAACACUAGCCAUUCGCAGUCUCAGCCGAUGCUUGGUCGCUCCUUAGUGAGUACUGACACCACCGAAACAUUUAACUUUGAUACACUGUCGGAUUCAUCUGGGCCUACUACGCCGACGCCUAUUCUACGCCCUUCUGCUCCGACACCCAAGAGCAAUCGCCAGCGCCGCCGAGCUAAACGACUGACAUCGGAGAUGCCAGACAUACCUGAUCUCCGACCAUUUUAUCAAGGCACAACAAAUAACAACGUCAUUUGGUCGCUCGACAACAUCUACGAGCAACUGGCGGUGACAUCUGUAUACGAAGCAUCUAUCACUCUGGGUAGCUGCAUGUGA